AUGCAGGAUGACAAAACAGGUGGAGUUCCCAUUCGCACUGUCAAGAGCUUUCUGUCCAAAAUCCCCAGCGUCGUCACCGGUGCUGAUAUUGUGCAGUGGCUUAUGAAGAACCUCAACAUUGAGGAUCCAGGGGAAGCAAUACACUUGGGAAGUCUUAUUGCUGCACAGGGUUAUGUCUUUCCAAUCUCAGACCAUGUCCUUACCCUGAAAGAUGAUGGGACAUUCUAUCGUUUUCAGGCACCAUACUUUUGGCCUUCAAACUGCUGGGAACCAGAAAACACAGAUUAUGCCAUCUAUCUUUGCAAACGGACCAUGCAGAACAAAGCUAGGCUGGAGUUGGCGGAUUAUGAAGCCGAAAACUUAGCAAGACUUCAGAGAGCAUUUGCAAGAAAGUGGGAAUUCAUCUUCAUGCAAGCUGAGGCCCAAGUGAAAAUCGACAGGAAAAAGGAUAAAACAGAAAGAAAGAUUUUGGACAGCCAGGAAAGAGCAUUCUGGGAUGUGCACAGGCCUGUGCCGGGCUGUGUGAACACCACAGAAAUGGACAUUAGAAAGUGUCGUCGUAUGAAAAACCCACAGAAGGUGAAAAAGUCAGUAUAUGGGGUUACAGAGGAGUCUCAGCCCCAAAGCCCCGUACACGUACCCUCCCAACCUGUACGCAAAACUACAAAAGAGGAUUUCCGGAAACAAAUAACUUUUCUGAACGUGCAGAUAGAAAGGCAUUGUUUAAAGAUGUCUAAAGUAGCAGAAAGUUUAAUAGCCUACACAGAGCAGUAUGUGGAAUAUGACCCCUUUAUAACUCCCGCUGAGCCUUCCAAUCCCUGGAUAAGUGACGAUACAGCAUUGUGGGACAUUGAAAUGAGCAAAGAACCUAGUCAGCAGCGUGUGAAAAGAUGGGGUUUCUCCAUGGAUGAAGUGCUGAAGGACCCAGUAGGACGGGACCAGUUCCUUCGUUUCCUGGAAUCGGAAUUCAGUUCAGAAAACCUCAGGUUUUGGUUGGCUGUCCAAGAUCUCAAGAAACAACCUCUACAGGAUGUAACCACCAGAGUGGAAGAAAUCUGGCAAGAGUUUCUAGCUCCUGGGGCCCAAAGUGCUAUCAACCUGGAUUCCCACAGCUAUGAGAAAACAAGCCAAAAUGUCAAAGACCCAGGGAGAUAUACAUAUGAAGAUGCACAGGAGCACAUUUACAAGCUGAUGAAGAGUGACAGCUAUGCGCGCUUCCUCCGUUCGAAUGCUUACCAGGACUUAUUGCUGGCGAAGAAGAAGGGAAAGUCUCUGGCGAGCAAGCGCCUCACGGGCCUGAUGCAGUCCUCCUGACGGCUUCAGCCGACCACCCCGUGGGAGAGACACCUGGGACCGCUGCCGGGGAUGGGGCAUUUCGGGGAGAGUGGGUCCCUGCGGGGGAGAGAGCCUGAAUGAGCACAAGCGGAGAGCCACGCACCGGGGGGAGCACCUCUCUUCACAGUUUACAUCAACACUUUCCUACCUGCGCAGCUUUGUAAGGACGCAGAGCCCUGCGCGGGUUCUUUGUUUCCAACCGGGGUUUGGAGGAGCACGCUUCACCGUAUGCAGAAAGCCAACGAGGCAAGGGCUUGCUGUCCUGUUAUUUAAAGAAACGGACCCGACUGCAACUUAGAGAAAGAAGAGCUGAGAGACGUCAGUAUUUUUCCUUCAUCUCUUCUCUCCCUGGCACAAACAUAGCUGUAAUAGAUGGCACUGCAAUCUCACUUGCUCCCUUUCUCGUGGCCGUCUGAAUUCAAUGAAAUAUCUGCUGGAAGCUGCUUCUCCUUCUCACAAAAUCUCAAAUGCAUUUCUCCUGCAGACUCAUUGACUUUAACUUUGUUUUUCUUUCCUAUGUCUCUCCUCCUUUAAAGCAAUGGGAAAAAAAGGCACUAUUGAAGUUCAUCACUCACCGUCCUUCCAAUAGCAUGUAGCAUGUCCAGAGAUGAUGGCCAGAUCCUCAGCUGAAGUCAGGAGAGCAUGAGUGGUUUUCAUCACCUGAGGAUCUGCCCCAUUGAGUCAGACUCUGAUCCUGGUGCAAAUCCUCUGAUGUCGGCGGAAUCGCUCUGCAUGUGCGUGUAGUGCAAAUGUUAUCAGACUCUGCCUGAUGCUCAAAAAGUCAUGUUUUAGAUGUGUAACGCACACACAAACACACACAUACAUGCGCGGUACUUAAAAGUGAGUUGUUUUAUAUUGUAUUUGAUUUUCUAUUUAUUUAAGGUUUUGCAUACUUACUCAAUGAUGGAUGUUCAAGCUUUACUCCAAGUAGAUAGAUAGAAUUGGACUCUGACUCCAAUCACAGAGGGCCAAAAUCUGCUCAUGUGUAUACAGGGAAAGGCAACUCUGAUGUGGGCACGUGUCAAAAUUCAGUCUACAGUGAGGAGGGAAUUGAUGGUGAUGGGACUGGCAGCAGCAGUGCGUGAAUGGGCAGGGCGCUGGGUGCCAGGUAAACCUUCCUAAACAGCAGUGCACCCAGCUGUGAUAUAAUGCUCAGAUAACUGACUCCACUGAGAAGCACCAUUGUAAGAGUGAAAUUAUAGCACAGGAGGAAAUGAGCUUCCACUAAAACUCAUCUGACCUACAGCCCAUGAAUACAACUGCAGGAGAUGACUCAGUAGCUUGUUUCAGGCUGUUGGGAGUAUGGAAUUUAGGAUGAGGACAGAACUGAAGUGACUUUAAUUAAAAAACCCACGUAUACUAGCUGCAGAUAGGAAAAUGGACUGCAUUCACAUACAGUACGUUGCCUAUACAGGAAAAUUUCAAGAAUCAGUUGACUUAAUGCCACAAAACCUCCUGUAUUUUGCAAGCAGUUCAGAUCUGAAGCAUAUGUAAAAAUGGACAUUUCUUGGUCUUCUUCACUC